GAACCUUAACCUUGACCGUCAAGUACUUCCAGAAUUCUCUUUCACGAUGGCUGCUGCUGCUGGAAAAGUGAAACGGUUUUAUGACCUGACAGCGAAGCUGCUGUCCGGAGAAACGUUGAAUUUCUCAGCUCUGAAGGGGAAAGUUGUUCUCAUCGAAAAUGUGGCGUCACUCUGAGGAACAACCACCAGGGACUACACUCAGAUGAACGAGCUCCACUCGCGCUACUCCGCUCAGGGACUCGUUAUUCUGGGUGUGCCCUGCAACCAGUUCGGAUAUCAGGAGAACUGCAAGAACGAAGAAAUCCUAAAUUCCCUCAAGUAUGUCCGUCCAGGAGGUGGCUUUGAACCAAAGUUCCAGCUUUUUGAAAAGGUGAACGUGAAUGGAAAUAAUGUCCAUCCCUUAUUUGAGUAUUUGAAGGAAAAGCUCCCAUUCCCCAGUGAUGAUUCCAUGGCUCUUAUGAAUGAUCCAAAGUACAUCAUUUGGAAUCCUGUCAGGAGGAAUGACAUCUCAUGGAAUUUUGAGAAGUUCCUUGUCAGUCAUGAUGGCGAACCCUACAAGCGCUACAGCAGAAACUUCCCCACCAUUGAUAUUGAGCCAGAUAUAAAAGAGAUGCUCAAGAAGAUCAAGUAAAGCUUUCUCCAUUAAAAUAAAUCAGUAGUCACACAUUUAUCUUUGGUAUUUGAUUCUGUUUUUCCACCC